AUAGAUUAGCUCCAAUUAGCUCCAACUCACAUCAACUCCACCCUUGGCCUGUCACUUGGGUGGCUUAUUAUUUUGAGUGACAUACCCGUUGCUUUGUGGACGCAAUAGCAAAGACAAAAAGCAGGCAAGGGUGAAGGGCAUGCUGGCCUGCUCUUUUUCUUGUGCUAUUCUUCCAGGAAGCAACGGUCGUCGCCUUCGAUGAGGUCCGUUUGUUCGUUGAGAGGGAGCUUUGAUGUGUGGGCACGCGGUGGGGUCCAUAACUUGCCAACGGAGCUGUUAUCAUACGUCUUCGAGCUGGUAACACAUGCCCUCUCGCAGGACGAACGGAACACACUUGGCACCGGACAGCGAAGACUCCCUUUCCACCCGCAUAGUAUCAGAGCGCCCGUUUCGUUAUCCGCAGUGAAUCGACGCUGGAGGCGUGUCGCUCUGUCUACGCCAUCUCUAUGGACCAGUAUCUUUGUUUCUGUGGACAACGUCGUAGAUUGUACUAUCAGUGACGAGCGGAAUCCCUCCAGCUUCUGCGGGUCAAAACGCCUCCUUGACGUCGAAAGUCUAGCAUAUUUCCUCUUGCGUUCAGGCAACUGCACCCUUGACAUCUUUAUUGACGGAAGAGACCCCGAAUGGGACUUCUCUGACUAUCUCGAUGGCGAUGACGCUACUGAUGGCCGUCCGUCUGCCCAGCAUCCAUUUGAUGCUCAAAUUAUGACCCAAAUUCUCGACAUUCUUGGCCAUCAUGUUUACAGAUGGCGGUCUGUGACGGUAUUUUCGGAUACAUGGGCACCCUUGCAUGCCGCCCUGUGUUGCCUGAGUGUCCCUCGUGUGGGUCAAGGCGGCUUCUUCAAUUCAAGAAGAGGUGCCUCGUGUUUAGAAACCCUCAAGUUGAUGCAGUGCGACGAGUAUAACAUCCGAAACGAACACUUCGGUUCAGGGGCAUUCAAGGAACCCAUCACUACCCCCUUCGCCACAUUAGCUGGGUAUCCGGACGGGCCAUCUUCCCUUAUGCUCCCGGCUCGGCUUCGUUCCAUCUCUCUUUGCGGUAUCCACGUGAAUUGGAGCGACUUCACCCGAUUCAUUUCCAGCACGUGGGGUGGCUUAUCGAACGGGAUUGAAAAUCUUGAACUUUCGUAUCACCAUCGUGACGUCCGCCCAGAUGUCACAGCAUUUCGGCAGAUUCUUGAAGGCUGCGCAAACUUGCGAUCGCUGAUAUUGAAGCACUCCGGACCUCAGUGGGUCGGAAGAGCCCCUCAGGGUCCGUCCGUUCCAUUACCACGAUUGGAAACAUUGCACCUGGUCUUUGAUAACGCGGAGGAGGCUGCUCUCACCAUGAGCACUUUACGCUGCCCCGGUCUCAAAGCUCUCAUACUCGAGGAUGACACCGAAGCGCAGUAUAGUCCGAAUGAUGCAAGCCCUCUGUUAAUUUACUGCGGGACAGGUGCUCUCCGCACCCCGCCAAGGCCGGGUGACGACUCUACCUACGAUAGCCUUACCUGCCUUCCACAUUCAGAGAUGAGAUCGAACGUUCCGCCCUUUCCAUCUGUUCAAGAUUUAACGCUAGAAUACGUCUCGGCUAGUUGUUUGGUACCUUACGCCCUUCUCUUUGCCGGCCUCCCGAACCUACGACAUCUCGCUCUCCGUCACAUCCCAAAAUAUGCAUUUGGGUCACUGCUUCCUCAACCAUUCUUCUGUGAUUGGGAGGGUGCCUCCGACAUUCGCACUCCCAUACCGUGUGCUCGUCUUGAGUCCGUCGAAGCGACCCAUACAGAAGGAGCUGUGUAUUCCAUUUUAGGUUCCACGUUGAGAGAAUGGGCGAAAUUAGGGGCCCCUCGCAUUCCCGAAGUCAUGCUCCGCCUCGAAGGCGGGCACUGUAGUGUACCGGGGCCCACUGAGUUGGCGUAUGAAGAGAUAACAUGCUUGGACCUCGCUAAGACCUCGGAGAGAGAUGCCGAGUAUUUCAAUUGAUCUUUUCGGUGGAGUCUUUUUGCGGUAGUGCUGACCGUGAAGUCGGCAUCGUCGUGACAAGUCGUAGGUUUAACCAGCUUAUGAUGUAUCCCCUCUGGCUGCUACUGCGCCGGAGAUCGCCAAAUCUGAUCUGUAUCCGUCCUUGAUUUUGCUAUGAAUCCUUAGAUUGACAUACAUGGGAACUUUAUAGUUAAGUCGGCGUUGAUUGUGAGAGUCUCUAUCAG